AGCGGCGAGCGGAGGAUCCCCUCUAUUUGCCGCCACCAAUUUGGAUCAGCCACGAAAGAAGCAGAAAAAUCCCCAAUGCUCAAAAACCUGGAAAUUUGUCUCCAGUUCAGAUUGUGAACUCGGCUUUGAGGGAGCACUGCAUUCUUCCCUGCACUUUCUUACUACCUUGGGACCACUUGUUAUCCAUUGAGAGAAGCCCCCAAUAAUGACAACGGACUCGGGUCAAGGCGAGACCUCGGUGGCCUCAACCAAUUCCGGCACGUCUUUGCCCACUUCAGUGUCACCUUCAACCACAUCCGCCUUCAGAGUGGUCACGCCCAAGCCGAAAAUGGCCUCAUGUUCCGAAGAUGAUGACUCCAUUGCCACCAACAACAAUGAACAAUCAAGUGAGAAUGUGAGAAAAGAUGAGCACCACAUUGAGCUGGAUGAGGCUCACCCCAAGAGCCCCCAGCCAUUCACCUGGCCUCGGAAGCCGGAUAUGCUACCAUUUCUCUCGUUAUGUUCCCGAUAUCCGAGUGGUCCAUGGGCGGGAUUGUUGCAACAGUCCAUUAAGGAGAGACAGGGAUUCGGCUCAGACGAGAUUAGUUUCGGUAUCCACCGCCUGAUGGAAUCUCCUCCUCAAGACAAAAGCCCUUCUUCAGUGUCUGGUGAUGAGGCUCUUCUCUCCCCUUCUUCUUCCUCUUCCAAUGCCACCAACUCCACGACCACCAACGCCAACACCAACAACACACUUAACAAUGACAAGACUCCUUCAUUAAAGUCGAGUAGCGCCUUCUCGCCUUGGAACCAUCCUCAGCUUUCGGGAAGAUUGGGCACUCUAAGCAGCCACACUCACGGCGUACCCAACAGCCCCACUUCCAAAGACUACCAACCCCAACAGCCCAACAAACAUCAGUCACAUCAUCAUCCCCACAGCCACCACCCACACCACCAGCCACUCCAACAUCCACGGCAAUCAGAAGAGAUGAGUCCUGGCAAGAUGGACGAAGAUAUGGAGGUUCAGGUUGACGACGAUGAUGACGAUGAUGACGAGGAUGGUGUUAAUAUCAGCUCUGAGAGUCAGGGCAUCACCACCAACACCACUCACUUAACCAUCAAGCCCGGCACACCGAGUAAAUCCAGCCUUUUCUCCGUCUCAUCUCUUUUGGGAGAUUCACCGUCCUCUCCCUCGACGCCUCCGUCUCCAAAGCAGGGAGCUAAUGACAAGGAGAAAGACGAGAUCACCCCAGCGGAAUUGGCCUCAAGAUCCUUCUUCUAUCCGGCUCUCACCUUGGACAUGUUGAACAAAAACCGCUUGGCAGCUGUGGCUGACUACUUGUCAUCCUCAGGGGGAAACCGACACACCCUUCCCCCACCACCUUCCUUACCACCCUCGGUGCCACCUUUCCCAUUCUUCCCCGCUGCAUUCACAUCCCUGGCCGCCAUGAAGGUCGUGUCCGAUUCGAACCGGAAUCUGACCCCCUCGUUCCCGUUUCCCUUCCCGGGAUUCCCCAAUCCAGGGUCGAUGGGCAACUGUCCGGAUCCGUCUGAGAUCUCCGCUCGUCUGCGGUCUUUGGCGGGUGCUUCGAGCAACAACAAUCACCUGAUCAACCCGCUGUUGGAAUCGGCCAUACCGACCACGGUGUCCUCGCCGACCACAGGAGACCCAAUCGGACAAUAUCGGUCCUUACCUUUGGCGGGAGACAUUUACUCCUGCAUGAAAUGUGACAAAAUCUUCUCGACACCCCACGGAUUGGAAGUCCACGCCCGUCGAGCCCACAAUGGAAAACGCCCCUACGCAUGCGAGCUCUGUAACAAGACUUUUGGUCAUGAGAUCAGCCUAACCCAACACAGGGCUGUCCACAAUUCUGAAAAGACAUUCUCCUGUAAGCAGUGCGGCAAGUCCUUUAAACGAAGCUCUACUUUAUCAACCCAUCUUCUCAUUCAUUCAGAUACAAGACCCUAUCCUUGUCAGUACUGUGGCAAACGAUUUCAUCAGAAAUCUGAUAUGAAGAAGCACACUUAUAUCCACACAGGUGAGAAGCCUCACAAGUGUGUGGUAUGUGGGAAGGCAUUCAGCCAAUCUUCCAAUCUCAUCACACACUCACGGAAGCAUUCCGGUUUCAAACCCUUCAACUGUGAUCUAUGUGGGCGGAGUUUUCAGAGGAAAGUGGAUCUUCGCCGUCACAAGGAGACUCAGCACACCGAUCUGAGAGUUCUACCGCCCUCUUCUCACCAUGGACGGCCUGGCCACGCCUCCAACGAUGGUCCUUCUGCACCUCCCUCUUCCCUAGCUCACCAUUUGUCGCCCUUUCCUCCCUUAAUGUCUUAUCGGAAUCAUCUUUUGAAUGGACCGCCCAGUCUGGCGACUUCUCUCCCUUUGCCCCUCCCUCAAGGUUUUGGCACGCCCCUUCAGAUGUCCUCGCCUCAAAUCACCUCUCAGCUGCUCGAAAGGACUGCUUAAAUUGAUGGACCUAUGACGUCAUUUUCUCUUGGAUAAACAUCAAAACAAAGAAACCAAACAAGCUAGUUAAUACUCUUAUAUUUCUUGUGAUAUCAAUCGCUAUCUCUCUAGUUGUUGUUUUCUCAUUGUCAAAUAAUUUAAUCGGACGACUAAUGGAAAAAUUUGCAAGUGACCCUAUCCAUAUCUACAUCAAAUCCAUGUUUCCUCACCCUCACAAUUAUUAUUAUCAUCCUUAUCAUUAUUAUUAUUAUUAUCGUCAUAAUCUGUACGUGCUCACCAGUGUGCAAUCAAAACACUCGAUCUAUGUAAUUCUACAAUAAAUGAUUCUUCU